AUGUUGCAAUCACUCGGAGCACUGGUCUUACUCGCUCUGAUUACCACAACCGUUUUGGCCAGAGAGCAAAGUGUGGCCGCCUCAGGCAAGCUGAUGUGUGGAGCAUCGCCGGCGAUCAAUGUGAGAGUCAGCCUCUACGAUAUUGACAUUGGUCAGUUCUUUUUUUCAAUAGUAUAUUUUUAGCUUGAAGGGUGUGAUCGGCCUUUACCCUCAGGGCAUACGGUUGAACAUGUGAGAAUCUUUGUCCUUUUUUCGAAUAUUCAGCACUUUUUUUGCAAAAAAAAUUUUUCUCUUUUUUUGUGGCGGAAUUCCUCCAAGUCAAAAGAUCGCCCGACCUCAGGCAUUUUAAUCGCCCAUUAAAGGUGUAAAAUAUUGACCGGUUCAACUGAUAAUUGACAGCUCUAAAGAAAGCACUUGGACUUUAUAAAAUGAUUUUACGACUCCGUAUCUGUAAGAAUAAUUACUUGAAGCAAAAAGUUGUUUUUCCCAAUAUUUUGUAGAGUUAAUUAGCUGCCGGAUGUUUUGUGUAAAACGUAUCUAUGGUAUAUGAUGAUAAAAAUAACAAUUUUUUCUGCCGGAAGUCACGUUGUAGCACAUAGUUUUGAUAAGAGUGCAGUCAAUUAAAGAGCUCGCUAGUCUUUUACUUUAAAGUUCUCAAGGCUGAAUAUUGACAAAACUUUAAAGAUUUAACAAAGCCUUAUUUAUAUACCUCAACGUUUAUCUUUUAGCUCCCGAUCCAGAUGAUCUCCUCGACGAAACUUUUACUGACAUUGACGGCAAAUUCAUGGUCCAAGGAUCCACCUCUGAAGAGACAGACAUCGAGCCCAUUCUCAAAAUAACACACGACUGUGAAGAUGAUAACAGAGUGAGUAUAGUAAUUUCGUUGAAACGCCCGGGGUUAAUCCUUCGUUAUUUUUAUAUUUUUGCCUCGCUAGACGUUUUUUUUUACGGGGGAAGGGGGAAAGGUUCUUUUCGGGUUUUUAGACGGUUUUUCUAAGAAGAAACUGUAGAAUUUCGGUCGGAAAAACAGCCAUUUUAGAUAGAAAAUUGCAAUAUUAAGUCCAAAACUUACAUAAGAUAUAAAAUUAUGAAUAUUGUGGAUCUUUUCAGAACAGCCAAGGAAGUCGAAUCGUGACAUUCCAGAUCCCCUACAGUUACGUCACUUUGCGUGGAGUCCCUAACAAGCAAUUUGAGCUGGGCACCGUCAACUUGGAGACUCGAUUCCAUAACGAAGAACGGCAAGUUCCCUCGGCCAAGAUACGACGCCAUCAUUUCUACCCGAGACGCCUUAAUUACGACAACGAAUUCGAUAUUUUUGAUGGCUUCUGA